AUGCGGCAGACCCGGGCCUCGGUGGACAGCAGCUCCUGGGCUCAGAGCUCCAGCCAUGGAGGAAGAACCCGCCCGGGCCCUCCCCCGGACUCCUCGGCAGCAGUUCAUUGGCAGAGGCCCCUGGCCAAUGGCCCCCAGCGUCCCUGGGCCCCUCGGCAGUUGAACAGAAAUCAUCCAGGAUCUUUGAAAACCACAGAACACAUUUUGGCCCAUUUGGAGGAACGCACGAUCCUGGGAUUGAGUCUCAGCUCACCUCCUGGGCACGCAGGCCCUCAAGCCAGGAAAGUAUACAGUCCUACUGUCGAAAGGACUGGAAAGCCAGGCCGGGGUUGCACCAGGAGAUGCACCAGGAGGGGGAAAAUCCCCCGCGGAAAAAGGGCCAUGACAGGUAGCAGGAACCCCUUUGGACGGAAGGAGUACUGCCUGACGCUGGGGAAACUUCGAGAAGAAAAGUCCUCCUUACACUAUCAUGAUUUCAAACCCAUCCUGAACAAGUCAGGCGAAGGCGGCUCCAGGGGCGGAGCUGAGAAAGAAAUCAAAUCCCGCCGGGCCUCAGUACACAGCUCCUCUGGCUCAAACCCACCUGAAAAAAUCCCCCAGAACCUGUCUUCCCGGACUCCUCGCAACAUUCGGUACAGAACCCCUUGGCCAGUGGCACCACCGCUCCUGGACCCCCCGGUUGAACAGUUACACUUUUUCAUCUUUCUUAUCAUUUAUUUGGUUAUCAAAGCAAAUCUUGAGAUCAUCUUAAUUAGGAUAGACACCCAAGUGCAUUGGCCGAUGUAUUUCUUCCUAAGCCACAUGUCCUUCUGUGAUCUCUGCUACUCCUCAGCCAUUGGCAAGAUGUUGGUGGACAUCUUUGCGAAAGACAAGUCCAUUUCCUUCACUGGUUGUGCUCUGCAACUGUAUUUUUUCUGUUUCUUUGCAGAUUCUAUUGAUGUGUUAUUAGCAGUAAUGGCCUUUGAUCGCUACAUGGCAAUAAGCAACCCUCUGCUUUAUACAGUAAAUAUGUCUAGUCGGGUUUGCUACUUAUUGUUUGCUGUUGCCUACAAGGUGGGGUUUAUGGAUAAUCUUCUCCAUAGUACUUUAAGCUUCACAUUGAGUUUCUGCAGGUCCAAUGAAAUUAAUCAUUUCUUUUGUGAUAUCCCUCCCCUUUUAUCACUCUCUUGUUCUGAUACCCAUAUCAAUGAGUUGAUGCUCUUAAUUGUUUUUGGCUUCAUUGAAACGGUCACUAUUUCAGGAAUUCUCAUCUCUUACUGUUACAUAUUUUUGUCUGUAUUGAAAAUCCGCUCAACUGAAGGCAGAAGCAAAGCCUUUUCUACUGGUAUCUCUCAAUUAACUGUUUUUACUCUCUACCAGGGUAGUGCUUUUUUGUACUUCAGACCAAGUUCUACUUAUUCACUAUACCAAGACAAAAUGACCUCUUUGUUUUAUACCCUUGUCAUUCCCAUGUUAAAUCCCUUGAUCUACAGUUUGAGAAACAAAGAUGUAAAGGAGGCACUGGGAAAGCUGAGAAACAAAGUAGGCUUUUAACUUGGAUAUCUUUGUCCCAUUGACUUGGAGACCAUGAAUAGAGACUGAGAAUAUGAAGUUCCAAUGAAAUCACCUAAUGUAUUCUGGGGUACUUCUGCCCCUUCAAGUUUUUUUUUCUUUUUUUUUAAGUAACAUACACACAAGCCCAGAAUUUCAGAGAGGGACAAUAACCCGAAAGUUUUAUUCUAAACUCUGUCACUACAACAUUUCUCUCAUUUGUCUGGAUUUCCACAUAUUCCUUAAAAAGUGAAUUUUCCCAAGGUAAUCUACAUGUUAAAAAAAAUAAUGCCCAUAAGCAAAAGGAGGAAAGCUCAAUUCUGGAUGUUAGA